AUGACCCAGCCAGGGACCUGCAACCCUGACAUCUACCAUUUUCAAACGUGGGACGGGCAGCAUUCAGAAAAGCCACACAGCCACACCAUGGCCGACAGGAUCUCCUCAGCCAGGUCCCAGAACCCCAGAAUCUCCUCCCACAUCUCUGAAUCCACGAAGAACCAGUCUUACAUAAACGUGCCUCAGGAGUCGGCCCGCGGGGACAGACGGGGGCGCCCCGCCACCACCCUGCUCUGCAAGUCACGGAGCAGCCAGGGCCUGGUGCCCAAGGAGCACAAGACACUCAUGGAGGAAGCCCACAGCGCAGCCAUCUGCUUCAAGAUGCUCCGGGACCUGAAUAGUUCAGACCCCCUCCACCUGAAGUACAUCAUCAAGAAAAUCAAGAACGUGGCUCACGGGGACCCCAACCUGGUGCUGGAAACCAUCCAUGACUACUUUGUAGACAACCCACGGAUCUCCGCCUGGCACAAGUUCCGGCUCUUCCACGUCCUGGAGGCUGUCAUUGGAGCCAGUGAGUCCCUGGAGGAGACCUGGGAGAAGACCUUCAUGCAGCUGGCCCUGGAGAACAUGACCAAGUCCAUGGAGCUGGAGGAGGCCCACCGGGACGCGGCCAGCAACGUGCUGGUGGCCAUCUGCAGGCACGUGUGGCGGCUGGUGGCCCAGCACCUGGAGACCGAGGUCCUGUCGGGCGUCUUCCCGCCCCGCAGCCUCCUCUACGUGAUGGGCGUCCUGACCUCUAACGAGGAGCUCUUCAAGCAGGGAGAGAAAGCUUGCUGGGAAGAGCAGCUGGCCCAGAUGGCCGUCAAGUCAGUCCAGUUUCUGAACACAGAAGUGUGGUCCAAGGAGCUGCUGGGGGUACUCACCAAGCCCGACCGGACACAUCAGGAGCAACCCCUGGAGAAGGCCUUCCUGCUCAUCUACUCUGGGCUGAUCCUUCAAGCCGAGGAGAACAGCACCACGGUCAGGACACACCUGAGAACCCUCCUGGAAACGUCCCACCAGUGGCCCAAGCAGAGAGAGGGGAGGACCCAGCCAUCUGGGGCUGCUGCAGCCCGCCACCUGGACCACGUCUGGGCCGUCCUGGAGCAGUUUGGCCGGAGCACGCCCGUCAAGUGGAGACCGCACAGCUUCUCCCCGAAGGACGAAACCCUGAAGCAGAGCUUCCUCACGGCCAUCCUCAUGCUGAUGGGGGCUGUCAGCUGCAACGAGGGCACCCAAAGCUACGAGCUCUCCCAGGUCUCUGAGCUCUUCGAGUGUCUGAUGCUUCUGAUGGAGAAGGAGCCCCAGGACAUGCUGUGCACGUCGACUCUCCAACAGGCCAUCCACAUCAUCUCCAGCCUCUGCAAGAUGAGGCCGCCCCUGGCCUUGGAGAAGAGAUCUCGGCUUCUGUCCAUCAGCCUCCGCAGCGUGUUGUCCCUGCCGCAGCUGGUAGUCCUGGAGAAACACACCUGCCUCCUUCUGGAGCCGCGCAGCACACAGCCCGGCCUGGGGAGUGUGCAGGAAGUGGGCACCACUGGCCCUGAGAGGCCAAUGCACGCAGGCCCCUCGGGAGGCCUCAGGCCUCCCUUCAUCCCACCGGGGCUUGGCCGCCACCUGAGCUGCUCCACGUCCCUGCGCAGACUCUGCAACAAGACCUCGGAGGCCCUGGACCAGAUGCUGCAGAGCUUCAUCGUGCAGAACCCCACGGCCGACGAGCUGCACUUCCUGCUGUCGCACAUGUACGUCUGGCUGGCGUCAGAGAAGGCACAGGAGCGGCAGCGGGCUGUACACAGCUGCAUGGCCCUCCUCAAAUUCCUGACCCACAUCUACCUGGACCCAAAAGAGGACUUCAAACGGAUUGGGCAGCUGGUGGGCAUACUGGGGAUUCUGUGCCAGGACCCAGACAAGGCCACCCAGUGCUCCAGCCUGGAAGGGGUGGGCCAUCUCUACAAACUCCUGAUGCGCCACAGAGCAGGGGAAGCCUCGCAGGUGCAAGCACCGUCCCCCAAGCAGCUUUCCCAGGCCAGCGCGGAUGGAGCCCCACUCUGGAGCGGCAGGGACCAGAAGGCCACCCCCCCAGCCCCCGAGAAGGCGCUCUCGAAGGACCGAGUCUUCCAGCCCGGCAGCUCCCAAGUCAUCAAGGAGAUCAUGAAGCAUCUCACGAUGGCAGAGCUGCCCGACCUCAUCUGGACAGCUGCGGACAGCCUGGGCUCCACCAGCCCCUUCUGCGGGCAGGCGGCCGCCGACACGCUGCUCACUGUCAUCCAGGAGCACGGGGCCAAGCUGGAGACCAUGAUGGGGUUGGGGCCCCUGCUGAGGACUUGCCAGGAUGGGGCAGGGGGGUUCAGCUCAGGACCCAGCCUGGCCUCCCCCCGGCCCCCACUCCAGGCCCCUGAGGCCCUGGGCAUGGCGGCCCGCUGCUGGGACCCAGCCUGCCAUGCCUUCCGGCUGUGGAAGGCCCUGGGGGCCGAGCAGCUGAGCUGCCUGGUGCUGGCCGAGCUGCUGGCCUGGGCGCUAGAGCAGCCCCUACCCACCAGGACCAGUGAUGGCAGCUCCCGGACCACGGAGAAGGCCUACCUGCGCUCCAUGGCCACCAUGAACACGCUGCAUGAGCUGCAGUUCGCCCGAGAGUUCAAGAAGGCCGUGCAGGAGGCCUACCCCAAGCUCUUCCUGGCCCUCCUCACCCAGGUGCACUACAUCUUGGAGCUGAACCUGCCCAAGGAGCCCCAGCCCGGCCAGGAGGUCCAGGAGGCAGCCGUGCCCAGCCCACUGUCUUGUGGCACGUCGCUGGGUGCGCUGAAGGGUCUGCUGCCCGCCGCCGGACACUGGCAGGACUUCGCCCACCUGGAGCUGCAGGGAGCCUGGGACCUCUUCGCCGCCACCCACACCGACCCGCAGGGCGUGGGCCUCCCCGCCAGGGCCAUGGUGCAGAACCGCUGCAAGCAAGUCAAGGCGCUGAUCAUCCAGCGGCUACCCCACCUGCGGAGCCAGGAGGAGCGGGGGAGGAAGGCAGCCAUCACCAUCCUCACGGGGUUCCUCUACAGCCCUGCCCUGCUGGAGGUGCUCCCCAAACAGGCCGCCCUGACCAUGCUGGCCCGAAGCCUCAGGGACCCCAGCCCCGAGGUCCGCGUGCUGAGCCUGCAGGGCCUGGGAAACAUCCUCUUCCACCCAGAGAAGGGACGCCUGCUCCGUGGACUGCCGCCGCCCUUCCUCGACGGCUUCUUCCACAGCAGCGAGCCGGUGGUGGUGCGCGUCAUGGGCCCCGUGUCGGACGUGCUGCACCGCCUGGGCGCACACAGCACAGAGGCCCAGAGCCUUGGCAUCGCCAUCAACGCCCGCUCCUUCUCCGACGACGAGCGGGAUGGAAUCCGGGCAGCGGCCAUGGCACUGUCCGGGGAGCCGGUGGCGUCAAUGACAGGCAGAAAGCAAAGCGGCCUGAGAACCCAGGUGCACCAGAGCAUGGAGGCCCUGCUCCUGCCCCUGAAGGACAGCUGCCGGGCCGUCGUCACGCAGGCCAAGCUCGCCUUCCACCGCGGCUCAGUGCUGCUCCGAUGGCGGCGGCGGCGCACCCUCUCCUGCACGCCGGCCUGGGAGGCGAGCCUCAGCGCCCGCCACGUCCUCCGGAGCCGCCUGAUGAGCCACAGCCAGGAGGGUCUCAGCAUCCACUUGGCACAGGCCCCCAGCUACCUGCACAGCCGCCGUCGUCACAUCAAGACCUGGGCAGCGCUCUUCAUGGGUUAUACCACCUGCCACCACCCCCGGGCCGUGUCCCAGAUGGUCAAGGACAUGGACACGAAGCUGCUGUUCUGCACUUUUGAGGAUCUUAAGAAUGACCCAGAGCCCGGCAUCCAAGAACUUGCCACCAGGCAGUCCUCCUUCCUUCAGCAGAUGGCAGCCAGACCGCGGUGA